AUGUCCACCCAAGCGCAGUCUAUAGUUGACUUAGGCGAGGCUAAAACAUUAGGACUGCAUCCUAACUCUAUUCUAAAGGAGUUCUUUAUACAAAAUGAACCUGCCUUUAGAAGACUUGCUAUAGCAAGGGAAAAGGGGUGGGAGAACGUUCGCGGAGACGAUUAUUUUGCACGACAACGCCGCGUGGCCGAUGGUGCAAAGAAUAAAGAGACUUAUAGGUUCUAUAAGAUGAUGCAAGAAAUUGGAGAUGAGAUGCAGAGCUGUACCCGUUGCCUUAGUCCACAGUCCAACCCUGAAGGAAAUAUGGAUAUUUUAGAUAUCUGCAUGGCGCCAGGUGGCUAUACAGCCAGUGCAUUAAGGUACAAUCCCAACGCAACUGCCUUUGGAAUUAGUCUUCCAUUACAGCAGGGCGGCCACAAGGUGCUCCUACCGCGCUCUAGCUCGACCAUGCUCUUCCUCGACGUUACGAUGUUGGCGAAGGAGUAUGGCGUGGAGAUGAUACCCCUCACGCACCCUGAUCGCACCAGCUUUGGCGACGAGAGGCCGUUCUGGGGUCAGACGUUCCAAUUGAUAUUUUGUGACGGCCAGGUACUUCGGACGCAUGAGCGCCCUGAAUAUCGAGAGAAUCACGAAGCACGUCGCUUGACCGUUUCGCAGUUGAUUUUAGCACUCCAGCGCAUUCGGUCUGGUGGGACAAUUGUUGUCUUGCUACAUAGGAUAGAGGCAUGGGACACCUUGGAGACCAUCUAUCGCUUUAACAGCUUCUCUUCAGUCCAGGUAUUUAAGCCUGCGAAGAAGCAUGCGAAGAGAUCAUCGUUUUACCUUGUCGCAAGUGGUGUCCAACCCCAUUCGGAUGCUGCGAAGCUAGCGGUUAAGGAGUGGAAACAGACCUGGUGGGAUGCAACAUUCGGUGGCGAAAAUGGAACGGGAAGUCGAGAUAGUACAGAUAAGGAGGAUCAUGUUCGACUUGUGCUAGACCAAUUCGGCAGCAAGUUCGUAGAGUUGGCUAGGCCAAUUUGGGACAUUCAAGAAAAGGCAUUGAGCUCAUGGGAACCUUGA